AAAAAGAAAAACAGAGUGGUAGCAGAAAAUUAAGGGGAAAAAACGAAAGAAAUGGCAGUGGGAGAAGGCAAGGUUCACAUUCUGGUGAUUCCUUUCCCAGACGGACAAGGGCACGUAAACCCCAUCCUCCAAUUCUCGAAACGCCUCGUCUUGAAAGGCCUUAAAGUCACUGUCCUCAUCACCCAUGAAAUCAUUAACAACGCCAAUCUCAACCAUGUGGGCGGCGGCUGGGGUGGCUCCAUUAACGUGGAGAACAAGCCUCGAGUGCCCUACAAAGGCACAGACCCAGAGCCCUUGGAGUCCUACAUUCACCGCCUCCAAAUCUCCACAUCCUUCCACUUAGUCAAACUCAUCACUCACCAUCAGACCUCCAACUCCCCAAUUGCCUGCGUUGUGUACGACUCCCUCACUCCUUGGGUUCUGGAUGUUGCUAGAGGAUUUGGCCUUCCUGGGGCUCCCUUUUUCACCGAGUCCUGCGCUGUCAAUGCCGUUUUUUAUCACAUAUACAGUGGUUCCUUGAAGAUUCCGUCUGAUAAGAAGUCUGUGUCGCUGCCUGCGCUGCCACUUCUUCAGGACACCGACCUUCCUUCGCUCAUUUCAAAUCCCCAUCAGUAUCCGGUAUUCCUCAGGAUGAUGACCCAUCAGUUCUGUAACCAGCCUGAUUGGAUGUUCAUCAACACUUUCCAUGCGUUGGAACCACAAGUGUUACAGUGGAUGCAAACCCAUACGCCUUUGAAGGCGGUCGGACCAACAGUUCCAUCCAUACUCAUAGACAAGGGGUUGAUGGACGACAACAAUUACGGCAUGAAUCUAAUCAAAUCAACCGAAGACGACAGCAAAACCAUCGAGUGGUUGGACUCUAAAGACAGCGAGUCUGUCAUUUACGUGUCGUUCGGGAGCGUAUCCGAGCUAGGAGAAGAGCAAAUGAAGGAGAUAGCGUGGGGGCUGAAAGCAAGCAACAAAAACUUCCUUUGGGUCAUUAAGGAAAUGGAAACCGGAGAGCUUCCAAACAAGUUUGUUGAAGAGAUGAAAGAGAUGAAGGGGAAGGUGGUGAAGUGGUGCUCCCAAGUGCAAGUUUUAGGUCACAAAUCAGUGGGGUGUUUUAUUACUCACUGUGGUUGGAACUCGGUUUUGGAGGGUCUUAGCAGUGGAGUUCCAAUGGUGGCAAUGCCUCAAUGGACGGACCAAAUAACAAAUGCCAAGUUCGUGGAAGACGUGUGGAAGAUUGGUGUGAGGGUUAGUCCAAACCAAAAUGGGUUAGUUGGAAGAGAAGAAAUAGAGUUGUGUAUUAGGAAAGUGAUGGAGGGCGAGAAAAGGUUUGAAAUGAGACAAAAUACAAGCAUGUGGAUGAAGUUGGCGAAGGAAGCUAUGACGGAAGAUGGGAGCUCUAAUAAGAACAUUGAUGAGUUUGUUGCACAAAUUCAAGAACGUAAAAUAUGAUUGUCAUUUUUAUUUUCUAUGGCCAUAAUUACGAGUGUUGUUUAUUUAAGAAUGUUUGUCAUGUUCUAUUACAAGUACUUAUUAUUGAAGUGUUAUUCAUUGCUCUUAUG